AUGCGUCUGCUCAAGGCAAACACUCCCACUUCUUCCGUUCCAACCGUCGUGGUCUCCAAACCCCAGGAUGUCGACAAGCAGGUUGUCGUCGAUCAACCGAAACCUGGUGGAAGGUCACCCAUAGUUGAUCCUGCUCCCCGCAUAAACUUUUCCAGGCCAGGCAGACCACCAAUAAUCUCUUCUGAAGAGCAGAAACGCCAGGUUCUUGAACGAAAUUCACAAAGGCUUCGUUCUCCACGUACCGCUCAUAAUACACCACUUUCAUAUUCCCCCAUUACCCCCCAGACAGGCGUCUUCUCUGACAACAAAUUCUUAUCCCCUGCAUUUCCGUCGCCUCAACCUAACACAACUGAGGCGACGCUCCCUAGUUCGUCAGGGUCUUAUCUUCAACCACACUAUGCUGCUUCUUCCCCGACGCUUUCACCCCCUUCCCAUGUACAGCUUCCCUCUCGCCCGCCGUCUGUACGUCCAAGUUCACCAGCAAGCUUGUACUCCACAUCGUACUCUUUUUACCAUCUAACCGAUGGCUCUCCAUCCCCGACUGGCAACUCGCAUUUUCCUUCUCAUUCACCUUCCCCGCCGGGUAACCGUUCACCCUCCACCGAGCCUUCGACUGCACAGGAGUACCUUCAGCUAGGAAUACAACAUCACGAAGCCAACAAACUACAAGACAGCGCAUUCUACUUCGAGAAAAGCGCAAAGGAAAAUGGUGGGUGUGGCGUAGGGAUGCUCAUGUGGGGUUUGACACUGAGGCAUGGGUGGGGAUGCGAGAAGAAUGAGAAGAACGGCUUUAAGUGGUUGACAAAGGCAGCAGAAAGUGCCGUAGAUGAUCUGGGCAAGGUGAGAGAGGGGAUGGAUGUGAAAGCUGUGAGGUCGGAGCUUGUGCUAGCGAUUUAUGAAGUCGGUCAAUGCUUCUUCCAUGGCUGGGGUAUAGCUAAGGACCACAAGAUGGCGGUCAGUUACUAUCGAGUUGCUGCCAACCUCGGUGACGCAGACGCGCAAGAAGAUCUCGGGUUUUGCCUAGCCAAUGGCAAAGGGUGCAAGAAGGAUAAGAAGGAGGCUGCUAAGUGGUAUCGCGCAGCUGUCGAGCAAGGUGCCAGCGACGUUGGGAUGGCAUGGAUAUACAAGGACAAAUACAAGGGCUGA